GCUGCCAGUGCGGGCAGAUCCGUUUGAUCCAGAUAUUGGCUAAUAGAGCAACGAAUCAUAUGUCAUAUAAGUCCGAGCAUCUUUAAGGAUAGUUAACGUUACGUUAAUUGCUAGUAGAGGAUGAUUUGAACGUCCGAGUUCAGUUACGAUCACGUUUACUCACAGCGGAAAAUAACUCUAUUUUUUAAAUUUAAGAUACGUUUUUGAUAGUUAAAUGACAAGUGAUUGCUGCUUUGACAACCUCCUUGGGAUAUCGUGGGUGGACAGUGGCUGGGUACCGAUUCUUAACCCUACAAACGUACUGGACUAUUUCUCUGAGAGGAGCAACCCCUUCUAUGACCGAACCUGCAAUAAUGAGGUAGUGAAGAUGCAGCGGCUCACUCUGGACCAUCUGAAUCAGAUGGUGGGAGUGGAAUAUAUUCUUCUCCAUGCUCAGGAGCCAAUUCUUUAUAUAAUCCGUAAACAACAGAGGCAGUCACCAACACAAGUGUUUACUUUGGCUGACUACUACAUCAUAGCAGGUGUAGUGUAUCAGGCUCCAGACCUUGGAACAGUGAUCAGCUCCCGAGUGCUGUCUGCUGUUCAUGGAAUCCAGUCUGCUUUUGAUGAGGCCAUGUCAUACUGCCGCUAUCACCCAUCCAAAGGCUACUGGUGGCACUUCAAGGACCAGGAGGAGAGAGAAAAAGCCAAACCUAAGUCUAAGAAGAAAGAGGAACCAAGUUCUAUGUUUCAGAGGCACCGUGUGGACACACUCCUGUUGGACCUUAGGUCCAAAUUUCCACCAACAUUCUACCAGCCUAAGCCCGGUGAGAAGCCUAUUCCAGUUGAAGUGAAGAAGGAGCCUGAACCUCCCACAGAAACUGUUAAACAAGAGGAGAGGGAACUAGCCACAAAAUCCUCUGCUCCAGCUCCACCAAGCAAACCUCCUCCUGAGAAGAGAGCAAGGCUACAAUGACAGCCUUACCUCUCACACUCUGGGAAGAUGAAGCAAGAACUAACUGGAAGAACCGCUUGAGAUGAGGGGAAUAUUUCUGUUCUCUUUCCAAAACAGCUCCUGUGCCACUGUGCUUGUUUGAUCAGUCUACAAGAUGCAAAGAAUGAAUUGGCACCAAAAGUGUCAGUUGCUUGUCUAAGUGCCAGGCCUACUUUUACACUGUCACCCUAGUCUUGUACACUUGAUGGGUUUGGCAUCAUGGACAUUUCAGGCAGCUCUUAACUGCUUGAUGUCAGCAGGCUUUUCACCCUAUUCACAGCAGAUGAUGUUUUUGGAUGAUACUGUAAGAUGACAUCAUCAUCAGUGUCAGUUUACUGUUGACAUCAGCAUAAUCUUUGAUUUAGUCACUUCAGAAGACAGUUUAACUCUUAGUCUGCUUCACUGGGGGAUGCAUCAUCAUGCACUAUGUCAUCUGAAAAGCAAAGGCUUCUUGACCCAGAUACUUUUCUUUAAUUACAAACACUUUUAUCUGUUUAUACUUGUUUGUUAGUUUUUUGUAUUAAAAUAUAUCAGCUACUGUAUCCUGAUUUGGGUGUACUCU